AUGCCGGUGCGUCGGCAGAAGCGGCGUAAGGGGGGCAGUUCGUCUAUGUCUGACUCAGACGGGGACACCGGCUCUUCUGCGACUGCAUCAUCAACGCUUCAGAAAACCUCCCGCUGUAUACAUGGCACACGUACUGAUGGCUCAAAGUCUGAAGAUGGGUCUGUUUCCGCUGGACUUUUCAUUCCUUCAACCCAGCUGGCGACUGCCUGGUUGCUCCGGCAAGAGCACACAGUUCUCGGUGCAGAGCUGUUUGCUAUAUACAAGGCCAUGCAACUUGUCACUGAGAAUGGUUCUCUGAAGGAGAAGUCCAUCCUGAUUCUGACAGAUUCAAGGUCAACUCUGCAGCUUUUAUCCAACUCAUCUGGGCACUCGUAUCGCACAAUUAUCUUUGAGAUACAGAAGUUGAUGCUGGUGAAGGGACUUGACAGGGUGGUGCUUUGCUGGGUCAGAGGCCACAGUGGUAUUCAUGGAAAUGAGGUCGCAGACAGAGUAGCAAAUUUGGCACACUCAAACAACCGCUCAGCAAGAUCUCGGCUGUGUUUCGAGGAGUGGAUCCGUUCCUUGAAGUCUCUCACAGUACAAGAAUGGACACGCCAAUGGGCUGCUAAUGUGCAAGAAACAGGCAAGGGGACCUUUCAAAGAAGUUUGGGACAUGAAAUAGCCUUUGUUGACUAUGGAGUGCUGCCACGCUCAGUUGAGUGCGCUGUGUCUCGCCUGCGCCUGGGACAUGCUGGUGUCUAUGCUCAUUUGGCGAGAUUCAACUUGGCCAAUUCAAGGCGACACUACCUGAACCGUGAGGGCCUUCAAAGCUUCAUGGGCGUGUACCAAGGAUGA